AUGGGAGUGAGCGAAGGGGGCGAAAUCUUGUCACAGGAGUUCCCAGCGCUUGAGAGGUAUGUGGCAGUGGAAUCGAUCGGCCGCGGGAAGUAUGGCAAGGUGUUCCUGGCCACGGACAAGCAGACCAGCGAGCGCGUGGCAAUCAAGCGGCUAAGGGUCGACCCCAAAGAGGCGACGCUAAAGGUCAGAGAGGCCGGCGGCGAGCUGCGCGAUGUGCCGGCGUCGAUUGCCAUCGAGAUCAAGGUCCUCCGGCUGCUCAACAACGAUCACGUUGUCAAGCUCCUGGAUGUGAUCUACGCGGCCACCGACAUCUUCCUUGUCUUCGAGUAUAUGAAGCACGACCUUUGUGGGCUCAUCCACCGGCAUAAGUUCUCGGCCCCGGAGAUCAAGUGCUACCUCAAGCAGAUCCUCGAGGGCCUCCACUACUGCCAUCUCAAUGGAGUGAUGCACAGGGACAUCAAGUCCUCAUCGAGAAC